CACAUAGGGCUCAUUCUGAAACGACACCGCACACGUGACUUUAUAUAUAGCUUCAAGUCAUGUGAUUCAUACAUACAAUAGGUGACGCUACAACAUCAAUAGAUCAUGAGAUCGUACAACAUGGCUGGACUGUUGUUGUGCACGCUGUUGACUGUGACACUAGCGGCAGGUGCCCGCUACGACCCCACAUGGGAGUCACUGGACCAGAGGCCCCUCCCGGCCUGGUACGACGAGGCCAAGUUUGGCAUCUUUCUUCACUGGGGGGUGUUCUCUGUUCCAAGCUUCGCGGGUGCUUGGUUUCAGGAGUAUUGGCGACAAAACAGAACGGACGUUGUGGAGUUUAUGAGGCAAAACUACAGACCGGGUUUUACCUAUGCUGACUUUGCCGCACAAUUCACAGCUGAGUUCUACAACCCCGACGAAUGGGCGGAGAUAUUCAACGCUUCGGGGGCAAGAUAUGUUGUGCUUACAUCAAAGCACCAUGAAGGAUUCUGCAACUGGAAUACCAAACACUCCUUCAACUGGAAUUCUAUGGAUGUUGGCCCUCGCAGGGACUUAGUGGGUGACCUGGCCAACUCUAUACGGAAGAAGUCAAUCCUCAAGUUUGGUAUUUACCACUCACUGUUCGAGUUUGUCAACCCGUACUGGCUCCAGGAUCAGAAGAACAAAUUCAGGACCCAAGACUUUGUUAAGUUCAAGACCAUGCCUGAGUUGUAUGAGUUAGUGAAUCAGUACAAGCCAGAUCUCAUAUGGUCUGACGGGUCCUGGCUGGCCCCAUCGUCCUACUGGAACUCCACACACUUCCUGGCCUGGCUGUAUAACGACAGCCCCAUCAAGGACACUGUGGUGACCAACGAUCGCUGGGGAGAUGAAUGCAUGUGUAAACACGGAGGAUACUACACCUGCCAUGACAAGUACAAUCCAGGUGUGGUACAGAAGCACAAAUUCGAGGAUGCAACAACGAUUGACAAGUACGCAUGGGCUUUCCGGCGCGACGCCAAGAUUGGUGACUUCAACACAGUGCAUGCACUUAUUACUCAGCUUGUCCAAGUUGUCAGCUGCGGUGGCAACUUCCUGCUGAAUGCUGGCCCCACCUCUAGCGGAAUGAUCAACCCAAUAUUUGCUGAGAGGCUGCUUCAGAUGGGACAAUGGCUGAAGGUUAAUGGCGACGCCAUCUAUGAGACACGACCCUGGACCACUCAGAAUGACACAGCGGCACCUGAUGUCUGGUACACGUCCAAGAAGUCUUCAACUGGUAUUUCCGUGUACGCCAUCACUCUCAGCUGGCCUCGGGGAGAUAUGCUGGAGCUAGCUGCCCCACAGCCAGGUCCCGCCACCACAGUGACGUUGCUCGGAUACCCAGGAUACUUUGAUUUCAAAUCUGGCGCCACAUCAGGAAUGACAGUCAUGAUUCCAGCAAUUCCAUUUAAUCGUAUGCCUUGCCAGUGGGCCUGGGUUUUCAGACUUGAUAAUCUCAAAAACCAAUAGAAUACAUUAUAUAUGCAUAAUAUGUUUUAUUUGGUGGGUUCUCGUCGUGAUAUUGUAGUUAGAUAUAUGUUUUUAACAUGUUUUGUAUCCCUUCUGUAUCUUUUUUGGGGGCCAGAUGGUCUCUUUGGGGGUAUUUUCUAUAUUUGUACAUACGUUAUUGAAUAAUCCACAAUGACUGCUUUUGCAUUGAAAUAAUUUUUAAAAUAUUUGUCCACCAUGUUUUUAUGGGAUCCAUAUCGUUUGUUGAGCAAAGAGUCUCAAACUGGAACAAAGUUAUCAAAAUCUGAGCUAAGGCUUGGCCUAAUUUUAAGAUUGUUGUAUUGUUGUCAUAGGGACACGCGGUCUAGACCGUUAAGAUUACAACGGUAAUCGCAGGAACUUUUCAGUAUGGUGGUGUGAAACUCAGGGAACCUUAUGUUUGGUUAUUUUAGAAACAAUGUAAAAUAUAAGUAUCUUAAAAUAAUAUUUCUCUUUUUUAAAAAAAAAAAUUGGACAAUCUCCAUGAAUGUAACAAUGCAGACUUGUGUCACUUUAAAUUCAAGGGGUUAAAAUUUCAUGUGAUGUAUAGAAAUAUCAUUUAGAUAUGAACUAUUCAGUCAGAUAUUCCCAUAAUGUAUAACAUUCCAGGAAGCAGGCAGGGCCAAUUGUGUGCUGCAAUUCUUCAUAUCCCAGACUGCCAGGGUUGACAGGUCGUGGGGAUGAACUCAGGUUCUACCCGAUUACUGGUCGUGGGGAUGAACUCAGGUUCUACCUGAUUACUGGUCGUGGGGAUGAACUCAGGUUCUACCCGAUUACUGGUCGUGGGGAUGAACUCAGGUUCUACCCGAUUACUGGUCGUGGGGAUGAACUCAGGUUCUACCCGAUUACAGGUCGUGGGGAUGAACUCAGGUUCUACCCGAUUACUGGUCGUGGGGAUGAACUCAGGUUCUACCAGAUUACUGGUCGUGGGGAUGAACUCAGGUUCUACCUGAUUACUGGUCGUGGGGAUGAACUCUGGUUCUACCUGAUUACUGGUCGUGGGGAUGAACUCAGGUUCUACCCGAUUACUGGUCGUGGGGAUGAACUCAGGUUCUACCCGAUUACUGGUCGUGGGGAUGAACUCAGGUUCUACCCGAUUACUGGUCGUGGGGAUGAACUCAGAUUCUACCCGAUUACUGGUCGUGGGGAUGAACUCAGAUUCUACCCGAUUACUGGUCGUGGGGAUGAACUCAGGUUCUACCAGAUUACUGGUCGUGGGGAUGAACUCAGGUUCUACCUGAUUACUGGUCGUGGGGAUGAACUCUGGUUCUACCUGAUUACUGGUCGUGGGGAUGAACUCAGGUUCUACCCGAUUACUGGUCGUGGGGAUGAACUCAGGUUCUACCAGAUUACUGGUCGUGGGGAUGAACUCAGAUUCUACCCGAUUACUGGUCGUGGGGAUGAACACACAUUCAACUUGAUUACAUUCCUAGGUACUUCAGUAGACACCCCACAAGAAGGGUGAACACAUUUACGGCUGCAUCAGUUUGGACGUUCCUGUCAUGUAAAGUUGAUGCAACUUUAUCAUCAAUAUACUUGUUGGAAAGCAGCGUAAACAAGAACAUCCUCACCAUAUCAUUCCAGAGACUUAUUUUUGGGAAGAUGCAUUUGUAUGACAUAAUUCUUGCCAGUAUGAAAUAAACCCAUGGAUUAAAGAAA